AUGAAGAGUACAGCUUGGGGUAUACUCUGCGUUCUGGGCGGUUUCCUUUACCAUCUUGCACUGGGAUAUUUCUACACAGUCGGCAACAUGAAUCCAUAUAUUGUCUCAUAUACGGGUAUCAGGCCGAGUGAAGCAGCUUGGUUCUCCUCAACCUUGCUUGCUCUUCAGGCAUCUUUUAUGCCGAUUGGUGCUAUUCUCGCUUCGAAAAUUGGUUAUAAAUUUGUGCUCAUUAUUGCAAUGAUUUUCAGCGCCGGUGGCAUCUUACUCACACGCUUAACUGUUGACUAUGGUCUUGGAGCUUAUAUUGCAACUUACUGCAUUAUGAACGGUAUUGGCAUGGGUAUUCCCUACUCUCUCAUCUUUUCAAUCGCUCAAUCGUGGUUCCCUAACAAACGAGCGACAGUUGUCGGAAUCAUUUCAUCCGGUUUUGGCUUAGGAGCUCUUGUAUUCACGCCAAUUCAAAUCGCUAUCAUUAACCCUAACAACCUAAGCCCAAAUUCAACUGGCAGUUUCCCUGAAUCUGUCAGAACUGCGAUACCCAACGCUUUCUUGAUCCUUGGUGGUUUGGUUUUCUCUUUGGAGCUGAUUGGAACGAUCUUGUUGAGAGAAUACCCUGCUGACAAGUCUGAAAGUGAUUGUUCUUCUGCAAAAAACACAGAUUCCACAGAAAUGAAAAUAUUGGCUGGUGAUGUUGAGCCUAAAAAACCAGUUGUGUGUACACCAAAGAGCUACACAGUUUAUCAGGCUUUAAAAUCAAUCGAUUUUUACUUGCUCUUUUUUAUUGUCUUCAGUGAUAUUGUUCCCGUUACCCUUCUUACUUCCACUUUCAAGCUUUACGGCAUUCGAGGUGGUUUCGAUGAUCAAUUUUUAUCAGCUGUUGCAACAACUAGUGCAGCUUUCAACUGCAUUGGACGUGUAUUCUGGGGUCAAAUGGUAGAUCGAUUCUCCUCAAAGUGCCCACUGAUGUGUUUCCUUAUUACAUGGGCUACUCUAUUUCUUACAUUUCCAUAUGUAACGGCUGUUGGUGGUGUAGCUAGCAAAGCACUCUAUGCAAUUUGGGUAUUUUUAUUGUUCUCCUCGCUCUCCGCGAAUUUUGUUGUCAUUCCAGCUACAUGUAUUCGGGUUUUCGGUCCUGUUAACAUGGCUACAAUCUAUGGUUUGAUUUACUUUGCUACGUGUCCUAGCGCUCUCAUUACCGCUGGCAUCUUCUCCCAAUUUGAUAUCCAAGGCAAAUGGAUACCUGUUUACACGGCCUGUGGUUGCUUCUGUCUACUUUCCCUUGCAAUGGCUCUAUUCAUUCGUGACAAGAGUGCUCAUUGUGUUGGCUGCACAAAUAAUAUUUGUGCAGCACUGUGCGAUCCUCUUCGAAAGCACGCGGCUGAGGCGGAAGAGGCGUAG